AAGAAGAACAAAAAAACAAAAAAAAAACAAAAACAAAGAAGAGACAAAAAACAUCCGGUAGCUACAAUAACUGCAAUACAUAAUAGAAAAGAAGAAGAAUAUUUGAAACCGGAGAUUCUCAUUGGAAAGGUUUCAGAUCGGUUCUAGUCGUGGUGAGAAUCGAAGAGUCCAUGAUUGAGUCUAACUGGGUCCAGUCGGCCACCAUUUCUCAAUAGAUUUCUACGAAAGGUUGACGGGCUGACUUUUUGCUCGUUAAUAUCGGCUCUAGCUGCUCCUGGUUGUUGAAUCCAGUGUGAGAUGGAGUCCUACCGGAAACCUGUGAAAUCAGACUGUGAGGCUUUGCUCAGCCGCUUCCAGCAAACACAGUCGGUCAGAUUUGAGGUUUUCUCCAACAUUUGGAAGGAGAUGAAGUUCGUUCAGAUCUUCAGACAGGGCCACAACAAGCGGGCCUUCUGCCGUCUGGUCCUGGAUGUAGCUUAUUGCUAUUUCCUGCCCCCGUUCAGCUUCCAGAUCCGUGUGGGUGGUCUCUACCUGCUGUACAGCUUCUACCACUGCCAGACCACCUCACCUCCAGAACAGAUCCGUGUGGCCCUGAAGGAUUGGGAAGACGUGAGAAACUUUGAGAGGGAAUCAUUGGAUGCUCAACACCUUGACAUUGCCUACAUCUUACAACAGCUUAUGACUUGCAAAGCUUUCCUCUUCACUGCAAUGCCCACUCUGCUUCAUUACAGCAGAAAGAGGACUGAAGAGAAGUCAGAGCUGUGUGAUGAGUUCAUGGAACGACCAUGUCGCCCUCAGGAACUGAUAAACACUCAACUGACUGAGGAAAUGUCAAAUAUCCAUGAGCUGUACAAAAAUAUGAAGGCGUCCAUCAGCUCCCAGAUGUCCUCAGCAGCUGCUGCGUCUGUCAACCUGGUCCGUGAUGGAAUCGUGUCGGAGCUCUGCAGCGCUGUGGUGGAAUUCUACAACUGGCAGCAGAACAGGGACACAGUCGAUGAAGCCCAGCCCAACCAGGAAAGGAUUUCAUCUCAGCAAGAGUGUUCCAACAGAGCCCAGCUGCUGGCAGCCAUCAAAUCUAAGGCUUAUGAAGAAGCAUCAGAGGCUGUAAAGUCACGGCGCCAUCGUCAGGUGGAGAUCGAUUUACCUGCUGAGGAAGACGAAUCCUUCCUGAAGCUACGCCAUUCCAGAGUGACCAAGCCAUCUCUCAAAAACAGAACUAAAGAGCAGAUCCACAUGUCAGGCGACCUGGGGAGAGAAGCUGCAAGGCCCACCCUGAUAAACAAUCUGAUUUCCCUGGAGCCCACUUUACGAGAAAAAAUCAAAAACGAAAGAAGAUUCAAGUCUUUGAAUGAACAUCUGGAGUCACAAACAAUGUCAACAUCUCACUGAUGUUUUUAUCUGGUUUUAAAAGUUUGACUCUUCAAAAUUAGAACAUUUCUUCCAUGUUAACUGGCUGAUUCAAAGUUGGGUCGAAGGCACCAUGUUGCACAUGUGGCCGCUGUUCAAAGCCGAACUCCGAUGACCCAACAGAACUGCUCUGCUGAGUUGGAACAGGAACAGUCCCAUAAGGACCGGAGUACCAGACACAAUCAGGUUCAGAAUACAAGAUUGGCUGUUUGGGAUAUAUGAGCUUUGACUGGAUGGAGAAUUUGAAAGAACCAGAACUGUUUGAUACAGGAAGUUUCCCUGUGAGGAAUUACAGGGAAACUAUGACCAUGUGUCCCACGGUCAUUGUUGACCAUUGGACCCACUUCUGCUGCUUUGAAAAAACAAGUUUUUCUGCUAUUGUAAGGGCUGUCAACUUAAUAUGUUUGUAGUGUUUCUGCCCAUGGACUCUAAUGAAGAGAUAAAGAGAACCAGGAAGCUGCUGUGUCACAGAUACUGGGAAUUAAUCAGCCACCCACACAUUUAUCUGUACACCUCAAGAAAUUGGAACUCAUCUGAGUGUCGCUGACAAAGUAGGAUAGUGUUUUUGUCCAGCUUUUGUCAACUUUGCCCUUGGUACUUUUGAACUUUGUGAUGAGUUCACACAAACUGAGCAAGUGAUAUGGUGUAGCUUGGUGCGUGCAUCGUCAUGGGCAGUUCAAUGACUCCACGUUAAUUGUGUAACAAGGCAGUUCAAAGUGCUCUACAUAACAAAAAUAGCAUACAUGUGACAAUGAAAAAACCAGUGACAAACAUUACAUUUUGAUGUAUGCCAUCAUCAAAAUUAUGAAACAUACACAAAUAUGUUUGUCAACGUUUCCUUAUUAUGGUUCAAAUGCAACUCUAACCAGGUAGGUUUUUAGUCUGGAUUUAAAGGAACUCUGUUUCAACUGUUUUGCAGUUUUCUGGAAGUUUGUUCCAGAUUUGUGGUGCAUAUCAGCUGAGUGCUGCUUCUCCAUGUUUGGUUCUGGUCCUGAUGCAGAGCAGCACCAGAAGAUCUGAGAGGCCUGGAAGGUUGAUACAACAACAGCAAAUCUUUAAUAUAUUGUGGUGCUAAGUGCACAUUUCAGAUCCAGACAAAAGUCCGGGAGCAAAAUCAAUCUUUAAUGCGUAUUCGGCCGGAAAACAGAAAAUACAUGGACAGAUAAAAAAAUUUGUUCUAACGAACUCAGUUACAUAGUUGCUUUAUUCUCUCAGCUAAUCUUCAAGGACCAAACAAAGGAAAACAGACAGACGGAACAGUUCAACUUUGUACGCUCAUUUUUGAUUCCUGUUUCCAAACUCAGAGUGUGUCUGUGUUCUUGCAUUAUUUGUAAAUGGUCAAGUGAGAAUUUUUUGUUUCAGCAGCUGUUGUUUCUGCAGCAGCAAUUUUUCUUCCAAUUUUAUCAAAAGCUCAGGUUCAAAUGACCCGUGUUUAGGAAAUCCAAAUUUAUGGUUCCAUUGUGGCAAAUACUGAACACAUUAUUCUCCAUGUUUUUUAGUCAUUUCUUCUACAAUGGGCCCAUGAGGAAUAUAAUCCUCUUGAGGCUCCUUGGAGGAGAAAAGUCCAAUUCUCUUAAUUCUUAUUCUGCAAACCUCCUACAAUUUAAAGCGUUUAUUUAAAAUGUUUAUCCUAAUUUCUCAGUCUAAAUUAAUAGACCUACAAACCUUAAGAUGUUUUGCUGCCCCUCUCAGCUCUGCCUUUAUCCUGUCGUGGCUGAUCCAACCCGGUGGAGCGUUGGGAAAGUCUUCUUUCUCUCAGUCUAGCCUGACGGAGGUAGUAGAGGGUCGAUGAUCAGCCCCUCUCCCCGGAUCCACCAAAUCGGACAAAAGCAGCGCAGGCCCCACAUUGGGCACCAGACUGUGAAGUGCAGAGACAGAUCCAAACAAAAGUCAGGGAUCAAAAUCAAGCUUUAAUGUGCAUAGCCAGAAAACAGAAAAUACAUGGAAUGAGCAAAAAAAUCUGUUCUAACGAACUCAGAGUUACAUAGUUGCUUUAUUCACCUCCCAGCUAACAGAGGCGGAGAUUUAAUCAUCAAGGACCAAACAAAGGAAAACAGAGAGACGGAACAAUUCAACUUUGUACGCUCAUUCACUAUCAUGUCUACAGGACAUCUCCGUGUAGGGAAGGCCACGGGAAAGACAGCAAGUUCCCAGACGACCCGUCUGGGAAACUUCAACAGAUCCAUUUUGUUCAGUUAGUUUGUACACCCUCUGCAGCUGCACAGAAAAACAUCUUGACUGUGAUACAAUAACAUUACAUUCAUGUGAUGCUUAAAGGAACACUGUUUGAUGCAAAUGAAACAUUUUCUCCUUCACAGUCAUCAAAAACUAACAUUAUUUUAAAGUCUAUUUUCUGAUUUCCAUGGAGUCAGUGGAAGGACUUUAGAACUGUGUUUUAGUCAGAACAUCAGCAGCAGCGUUCCGAAUCAGCUGCAGCUGGAGGGUAGAUUUUCUUUUUCGGCAGACAACUACCAUGUGAAGACAGUGUUACAGUAAUCAAUGUGAUUAAAGAUAAAUACCUGGAUGUCGUAGAUCUUGCUGAGAUAUUUGCUAUUUAAUCCUGGAAAUGUUUUUCAGGUGAUACAAGGCCAACUUUGUAACUGUCUUUAUGUGACUGAAUGUUCGGGUCAGAGUGCAUCAUCGCAACCAGAUUUUGCUCUUGGUCACCAGCUGUUUCUAGCUGUAAUAACGAAAGUUGUGUGCUAACUCUAGAGAUCUUUCCUAUGUAGGUCCAACAAUAAUAAAUUCAGUUUCAUUUUUGUUCAA